GCUUGGUUAAAUGUCGGGCAGCCGAGCGGGGCCGUCAGCCGCCGUCACCCACCACACCUCAUCCCCACUUUGCAAGGUCCCAGCCCUCAUCAUCGACCCAGGCUUCAUCUCGGCUCCACCAGGGCAGACCUUGGUCAAGCACAGUCACUAGCUAUAGAUAAGGUGACUUGAAAGGAAACCAUGACCCGGUGGGCACGAACUAAUACGGCCCAUAAUAAAAAAGCUCUGGAUGCUACGCCAUGGGAAGAGAUGAAGGAAGGAUCUACCGAGGGAGCAAGCCAAAGUUCCCCAGAAGGGAAACCGCAUCAUCCCAACAGACUCUCCCUUAACAAGGAUGUACCCCGAAUGAAACAGAAGAAGAACAAAAAGAAAAAAGAUUAUCUGAAUGAAGACGUGAAUGGAUUCAUGGAGUACUUAAAGCAGAACUCGCAAGUUCUCCACAAUGGGAGGGUAAUAGCAGACAGUCAGGAAGUGAGACAAGAAAUAGCAACAGCUUUGAAGAAGGAUAACCGUAGGGAAGAAAGGAGACUGAAGAGGCAAGAGACCAAGAAGAAUGCCAUGGUAUGCUUUCACUGUAGAAAGCCUGGCCAUGGGCUUGCAGACUGUCCAGCUGUCCUUGAGAGUCAAGAUAUGGGCACGGGUAUCUGCUACCGGUGUGGUUCUACAGAGCACGAAAUCAACAAGUGCAGAGCAAAAAUAGAUCCAGCUCUUGGGGAAUUUUCUUUCGCAAAAUGUUUCAUUUGUGGAGAGAUGGGGCACUUAUCCAGGUCUUGUCCCGAUAAUCCUAAAGGACUCUAUGCUGAAGGUGGUUGCUGUAGACUCUGUGGCUCAGUGGAGCAUUUUAAGAAGGACUGUCCUGAAAACCAGAAUUCAGACCAAAAAGCAACAGUUGGUCGCUGGACCGAGGGAAUGAGUGCAGAUUACGAAGAAAUUCUAGAUGCCCCGAAGCCACAGAAACCCAAAAUGAAAGUCGCUAAAGUUGUUAACUUUUGAUGGAGAGAACUGUCUUUGUUACUGCCUGUUAUGUUCGGCACUGAGCUUGUGCUACCAGUUAAGAAUUGGCUCCAGUGGAGCCAUGGAUGCCCAAUGUAGUUUCCUGGGUUUUGAUGGUAAUGAUUCUUAUCAGAAGAGGAAUAUCAGCAACUCUGAGUAAUCCGACGGAUGAAAGAUGCUUGGUUAGGAGUUGCCUCUAACACAACAGAAACCCUACAGAAAGGAGAAGUGGCAGACAAGGCCAAGCCUCUGUGACUAUUUGGGAAUAACUGAUCUGAGAAUAAUACAAGAAUGUGACUCCUCACGGAUAAAGGAGGACUGCAAGGCAAGGGAAAGAUUUCUAGAUACAGUUUUCUUUCAUAAUAGAAAUUGAAGAACUCACCUUUUUUCUAGCACUGUCAGUAUUGAUAAGCUGCCCAAAAUUCACUCUAUUUUUCAACAUUUAUUAAAAGGUAUUCAAUAUCAUGACUUUGCUGAAAACUUAAUUCCAGACUUGAAUGUACCUGCAAUCGGGAGAACACCGAUUAGCAAGACAUGGGUUUGUCAUGACUACUUGAAUUUAAUUCAGUCCACAGAAUUAAUCAUAUGGUGUAUCAUACAUAUCAUACAAUGACUGGGAUAUUGUGGACUUCAUCUGGAAUUCCACCUGGUUGAAUGCACUUUUAAUUGGUUAUUUUAGGGGUAUUACAUGAUUUUCCCCCAAAUCACUGGUUAAAAAUUAGUGUUAAAAUCUGAAAACAAAUCUGGUGUUUAUUCAUUGCAUCCUAAGAGCUGGACGGAUGAGUGGUCUUCAUUAUGAGAUGUGAAAAUUUGAAAAAUUUUCCAUAUAAGUAUAUUUCUCAUGUCCCAUAUGAGAAUGAAAGCUUUCAUAACCACACAUACCAAAUUCCCAAGGCACUGCCAGACAAAAACAACAUAACUUAUAUGAAAGUGCAUCUAUUUCCCCAAUUUUUUAUAAGCCUUCCCGUUGCUUGAAGGCCUCUCAGUGCAAGUGUAAAAUAGUCUAUUUCAGGCAGACAUCCCUAGGAUAACUGAGAGGGGUUCUGUAAUGUACAUGCUACAACCAAAAGACUUGCGAAGUUGGGACAAGACUGAACACUAACGUGGUAUCAGAUGUGUUGAAUUGAACAAGGGAACUGUUCAUACAUAUAUCGGGGAAGAUGAAAACACAUUUGGGAUGGCUUUUGCAAUGGACUAAUGGUAAAAAAAAACCAACACAUAGAAACUUCUCAGUAAAGCCCAUUAUUGGCAGGAAAGUUGUGAAAGUAUGUGUUUUUUUCUCAAGUUGCUCAUCUGUGAGGUUUUUCAAGACGCUAAGUGAUGUUGUAAGUUUAGACUACAUUUUUAAGAGAGUCCAGGCCACUUCUGAGAGCUGGUGGGCAUAGGGUUUGGAAUGUUGUGAUGGCUUUUGCAAUGGACAAUUGGUAAAAAUAACACCAAACAGAAACCUCUCAGUAAAGCUCAUUAUUGUCA